AUGGCUGUGUUCAAACUGAUACGUGCCUCCCGCGGGCGCGCGGCGCACACCGUCACUCAUUCUCGCGCUGCCGUUGCGAGCACCCGCGCGCUCUCCGUCAGUCGCUUGUCGCUGCGCUGCUUCGCGAACGAGUGUUGCGUGCCCGUCCCUGCAGCCCUGGCGCCCUGCCACCCAGACAUGCUGGCCGCCGCCGCCACCUCGCCCUUCGCGGCCCCGCCGCCACCGCCCGCGCUGCCGCCUGUGGGCGCCUACGACUACGACGAGCAGCCCGUCUCCAGGACAUACCAGUACAGGAAGGUGAUGAAGCCCAUGCUGGAGCGCAAGCGCCGAGCCCGCAUCAACCGCUGCCUGGACGAGCUGAAGGAGCUGAUGGUGUCUGCGCUGGCGGCGGAGGGCGAGAACGUGGCUAAGCUGGAGAAGGCCGACAUCCUGGAGCUGACGGUCCGCCAUCUGCACCGCCUGCGCCGCCGCCGCCGCCUCGCCGCCACCCCGGAAGCAGCCUACGCCGACCGCUUCCGCGCGGGCUUCUCGCAGUGCGCGGCCGAGGUGUCGCAGUUCCUGUCGGGGGCGGACCCGGCGGCGGCGGCGCGCGUGCUGCCGCACCUGGGGGCGUGCCUCGGCGCUGCCAGCCGCACAGCCCGCCGCGCCGCGCUUCCGGCCCCACCAACGGCCCCGCCCCCGCCGCGACCUCCGAACAGGCCGAGGAGGAGCCGCUCUCCGUCGACACGUCGCCCGACGAGACACUGCCGCCGGCCGAGUCCCGCGCCGGCUGGUCAGCCGGUGUAG